AUGGCAGCACCAACGGUAGCUGCGACUGCAGCAGCAGCAGCAGCAGCUGCAGCAGCAGCAGCAGCAGCGUCGGCAGCAGCAAGAGCACCAGUGCAGAGGGGGGCCUGCGCCCGCCAGCUGCACGGUAUUAGCCUGAAUAAGCAUUUAGGCUAUUUUGCUGCUGCAACAAGGCAAGGUGCUGCUGCUGCUGCUGCCGCUGCUGCUGCUGCUGCUGCUGCUGCUGCGCCUGCAGCAAUCCGGCCAGCAGCGGCACAGCUGAGCUCUUUUGCUGCUGCACCGGGCAAGCCUGCAGCCAAUGCGCUAAAAGCAGCAGCAGCAGCAGCAAAAGAGGCUAUGGCAGCGGCAGCAGAAGCAGCAGCAGGAGCAGCACCGGAAGCUACCGCAGCAGGAGUAGUAGCAGCAACGGCAGCAGCAGCAACAGCAGCAGACAACGUGACGCUGGAAGAUAUAGGGGAUGCCUUUGCCACAGUAAGGGGCCUUCUUCAGCAGCAACAACAGCAGCAGCAGCAGCAGCAGCAGCAGAAACAGCAGCAGCAAGCGCGAUGCAGCAGCAGUUAUUCAGGGCCGCAGCUGCAGCAAGAAGCAGCAGGGCUUUUACGUUCGCUGUCGGGCGCUUUAGCAGCAGCAGCAGCAACAACAACAUCAGCAGCAGACUCCAAGACAGCAGCAGCAGCAGCAGCAGCAGCAGCAGCAGACCCCAAGGCAGCUGCAACGGUGCAGCGAGCUGCUGCAGCAGAGUGGCAGCAAACGGAGUGCGCAGCCGUCGAUCUGCUGCUGCGGGUCGCUUGCUGUGGCGUUCCUGCAGCAGCAGCAGCAGCUGCUGCUGCUGCAGCAGCAGCAGCUGCUGCUGCUGCUCCACAAGCUACAGCAGCAAGUGCUGCAGCAACGGCAGCAGCAGCAGCCGGCGAACCCAGCAUGAUUAGGGAUGCGGAAGGCGUUGCUGCAGUGCUGCUGCUGCUGCAGCAGCUGCUGCACUCGCGCUGGCUGCCUACUGCGAAGCUGCUGCUGCUGCUGCAGCGGCUGCCGCUGCUGCUGCUGCAGGCGGAAGAGCAGCAGCAGAGGUGCACGUCCAGCUUCCUGCUGCUGCAGCUGCUGGCUGAAGCAGAUGUGGGGCUGCUGCCGCAGCAGCAGUUCGACGCGCUCGUGCUGCUGCUGCUGCAGUAUCUGGAGCAGUUCGCCAGCAGCAGCAGCAGCAGCAGCAGCAGCAGCAGCACCAACAGCAGCGGCAGCCUAAGUUGCUGCUGGAGAGGAGCAGCAGAAGAACCAGCCCGAGCUGCUGCUGCUGCUGCCCUACACUUGCUGCUGUGUGACCGUCAGCAGCAGCAGCAACAGCAGCAGCAGCAGCAGCAGCAGCAGGCGCCACAGUGGCAGCAGAGAGCCAACCUUUUGCUGCAGCGGCUGCUGCUGCUGUCGAAAGACUGCGCCCAGAGCCCAGCGGGUAAACCCUAA